GGCUUGGUUCCGGAGUGGCCUGUUAUUAUUUUAAGUAGCAGGUGAAAUAUCGGUCUCCUUCCACUCUGACAAAAUGAACAUGUACGCUGUGCCCAGCCCGGGAAUACCAGGCUGUCCACCAGGAUUAGAAUACCUGACUCAAGUGGAUCAGCUACUCAUCAAACAGAAAGUGGAGCUUGUUGAAGCCCUCGUCGGUUUCGAAAGCAACAACAAGUAUGAGGUCCGGAACAUCAUGGGUCAGAAUGUGUUCUACGCCGUCGAGGAGAACGACUGCCUGAGUCGACAGUGUUGUGGUCCCAUGCGCUCCUUCACCAUCCACGUCCUCGACAAUUUCGGACAAGAGGUCAUCACUGUCACCAGACCACUUAAGUGCAUGUCUUGCUUCUUCCCUUGCUGUUUGCAAGAGCUGGAGGUGCAGGCUCCCCCCGGUAACACAGUGGGGUACAUUAUACAACAGUGGCACCCGUUCUCCCCUAAAUUCAUCGUUGCGAACGAACACACGGAGCCUGUGCUGAAGAUCCAUGGGCCCUUCUGUGGAUGGAGCUGCCUUCCAGAUGUUGACUUUGAGAUUUUGACAAUGGAUGAAGUCAGUAAGAUCGGGAAAAUCAGUAAGCAGUGGACGGGACUUCUGCGAGAAGCGUUCACAGAUUCAGACAACUUCGGUAUCCAGUUCCCUAUGGAUCUGGAUGUGAGAAUGAAGGCUGUAAUGAUUGGCGCAUGUUUCCUCAUUGAUUUCAUGUUCUUUGAGACGACCAACUAGAAACCAAACAGGAUUUUUAUAAAAGCGUAAAACAUUCCUGGAAGAACAAGGCCAGAAAGCCAUGAUGAUCAGUCCCAAAAGCCCUAACAUGGAACAACCUUCAAACGGAUAGUUCAAAGAAAGUACCAAAAAGGUACCUAAAUGUUAUAAUUUUGCAUGAACAAUAACAUAGAAGGUUUCUUUUAGUCUUAGCUGCUCAGGUUGGUUGUUGAAACAUGUUGCUGGACUGUGAGUGAAGUGUCUUUUGUUACUGCUAAAGAAAAAAAAACAAACAAAAAAAAACACGAACAGAAGGAGGAUACAAGAAAAUGAAAAGGAAACAGUGUUAUAUGCAAGUGCUGAUACACAGUUUGUGAAAGAAGGAUUGGUUUCAUUAUAGUUUGUAUGCAAAGGUGGUCGGCCUUGUGCAGUGUGGUCAUAAUAAUAGUCAAGAUGUUAAUUUAUAGAGAACAAUAUGUUUGUAGCUAUAUUGUGUGAGACCUGAGGGACUCAUGUAAUGUAGUAGCUUGUAGUUCAGAUAUCCAAUGCCCUUAUUUACUGAUUUAUAUUUUGUCUGUUCAACAAUUUGUCAACAUACAGCAAUGUGUGUGCGCGCACCGCUUUGUGUGUGUGUGUGUGUGCGUGUGUCUGUGUGCUACGAGUGUACUUGUGUGUUUUAACAGAGACAGAAACUAUCAUAGGAGACAAAGUAAUAUUUUCAAUGCCAUAAUACUUAUGCAUCGUCAACACUGAAGAGGUUGUUGAUUUGGGGAAGGGCAGGUUACAGCAUGAUGUACUAUCCCAGUCUUGUCCACAAGAGGGAGCUAGCUUUUCAUUUAAGAAUAACCCAGCACAGCCCAAAUGAACAAACUCAAUACUUGCUUAUGCCAUAGGUUUUUAUUCAAGUAUUAGUGUCUGAUGACAUUGUAUAUUUUUGGACAAACUCAGGUUGAAAUGCAUGCUACUGUAAUGUAGUGUUGGCUACUGCUGGCUCCAGGAAUUACACACCGGCGCCUCAUACUAUGAACUAAAGGACAGAAUAAUAUUUUGGAGGACUUUUUUUUCCCUUUUUAUUUUUAUUUACAUUAAAUCAUCUAAAUAUCCAUGUCAUACAUCAUAUUUUACAUAUAUUUCCAAGCAUAUCAACUUGAAUUUUGAUCUUUUACGCUGUUAGAUUACACGUGUGGCAUCUCUACGUGUGUCAAAAAUGCAAAAGUAAGCCCAGUGACACUGCUGUGCACCAUGCAUCAUUGUAAAAUUGAUUUAAUGAGUAGAGCAAUCAGUCUGAUUAGGGAUGGUAAAGCAUUGUAGCAAAGACAUUAUCUGUGCGCUACAUCAGCAUUAAGGCCAUUCAAAGUUUGUUUGUAUAUGUAAUGAUAAAAAAGUGUUUCUCUCCACAUGUAUGCCAUCUGAGACUCUGUAAAACUGUUGAAAACACCCACUUUAAGUCAUUUUAAGAGGCAUCAGGUCUAAAAAGCUUGAAGGCUUUUAUUUUUGUAUCAAGUAUUAUAAACUGCCAGCUGGAAGAGAUAAUGUUUCCGAUGUAGACUUGCAUUUUUUUCUUGAACAACAGUGUUUUUGUUCCUGCCUUUAGUGUAAAGACACUCGUUUGUAGAAUUACCAUAAGUGGAUUUAUCUUUAAGAGCAGCGUUUUUUUAUUUUAAUUUGAUUUUAAAACAAAUAACAUGAUUACUUACAUGAAGUACUUGAGAUGGAUGUUUUUUUUGCCGUCUGUUCUGAAUUCAUGGCUUAAUUUGUUGAGAAAAUACUCUGUUUAUGUAAAAUUGAAUUACAUUCUUGCCAUUACGAUUACACUGAUCAUUAGGCAUGUUGUGUUUGGUAAAAUGCAUUAAUAGUAUAAGAUGCUGGUACUACAUCCUCUGAAAGCUCUUUGAUUGUGUUUAAAAGCCAAAAAUUAAAAUCAGAAUGUGCUACAAAGGGUUUUUAGCUAUUCCUAGUCAGUUAUAUAUGAAAACAGAAACAUUAAAGUACUUAUUCUUCUACUUUUGCACUAAUACUGUGAACUAAUAAAUCAUUUAGUCAUGCAACGAAUGCAAACAAACUCUGUGAGCUAAGCUUAAAUUGUGCAAACAGUCAAUGGAAACACUUCAAUAAAC